CGCAAAUUGGUAUAUCUAUGAAACCUUCUGCACCUUGAUGAUGGUUUCCAUUUGCAAUAUUUUCCAACCUCAAUUGACCUUUCGCUUCAUUCUCCCAAGCUCGUCUUUCCAUACGACCCAUUUCUUCUUCCUCUAAAUCCACCACCUUCACACCAAACACCAAACACCAGAAAAACAUCGCCGAAAUGUGUGGCGACACUGCAACCAACGAGUCCACCGCGGCCCCCGCCCGCAACGCUCACCACACCUCAUCACCUUACAAGUCUGUCGGCGAUUUCCUGUCAAAUCUCGACAAGUUCCAGAUCAUCGAGAGCACUCUGCGAGAAGGCGAGCAGUUUGCCAAUGCCUACUUCGAUACCGCAACCAAGGUCAAGAUUGCUACGGCUCUCUCAGACUUUGGUGUCGAGUACAUCGAGCUCACCUCCCCCGCCGCCUCCGAGCAGUCACGGAUUGACUGCGAGACCAUUGCCAAGCUUGGCCUCAAGGCCAAGAUCUUGACCCAUGUGCGAUGUACGAUGGCGGAUGCCAAGCUCGCUUGCGAUACCGGUGUUGAUGGCGUUGAUGUCGUCAUUGGCACUUCUAGCUUUCUCCGAGAGCACUCCCAUGGCAAGGAUAUGGCUUAUAUCACCAAGACUGCCAUUGAGGUCAUCAACUAUGUCAAGAGCCGAGGACGAGAAGUCCGCUUUUCUUCCGAAGAUUCUUUCCGAUCCGAUCUUGUCGACCUUCUUGCACUCUACAAGGCUGUCGACAAGGUCGGCGUCAACCGUGUUGGUGUAGCCGACACCGUUGGUUGCGCUACUCCCCGUCAAGUUUACGAUCUCGUACGCACCCUACGAGGCGUUGUGGGCUGCGACAUCGAAACCCAUUUCCACGAUGACACUGGUUGUGCUAUCGCCAACGCACAUGCUGCGCUCGAGGCAGGAGCGACUCAUAUCGAUACUUCGGUCCUUGGUAUUGGCGAGCGCAACGGUAUCACGCCCCUCGGUGGCCUUAUGGCACGAAUGAUUGUCGGCAGCCACGAAUAUGUCACCUCUCGAUAUAAGCUGCACAAGCUCAAGGAGAUUGAGGAUAUGGUCGCCGAGGCCGUUCAGAUCAACGUCCCCUUCAACAACCCCAUCACUGGUUUCUGUGCCUUCACGCACAAGGCCGGUAUUCACGCCAAGGCGAUUCUUAACAACCCCAGCACCUACGAGAUCAUCAACCCCGCUGAUUUCGGCAUGAGCCGAUACGUGCACUUCGCCUCCCGAUUGACCGGAUGGAACGCCAUCAAGAGUCGCGUGGAGCAACUGGGUCUAAACAUGACUGACGACCAGGUCAAGGAAGUAACCCAGAAGAUUAAGCAAUUGGCCGACAUUCGUCCCCUUGCAAUUGACGACACGGACUCAAUUAUUCGUUCAUACCACCUUGAGCUACAGCACGAAUAGAGGAGUUCGGCGGUGGUGGAUUUACACAUAAAAGUCUGGUUUACUGAAUUUAGCGUCAACAAAAACGUCCUGAGGGACCCCGGGUUCUUUGCUAAGAGCUCCAAUUAUGAGCCAAAAUGAUCAUAUUUUUACUCAAAUUCAACUGCGCAUUAUUGGAAUGCACCAUUUUUAGCUCUUUACGUUCGACGUGCUGUGAUUUCCCCAGUAGCUAGAGCCGUUGGCAAGUGAACAGGUGAUGUUACGACAGAGUCUAUGAAACAAUGACACGGAAUAUGAAUUGAAGAUC